CCACAUUGCAGUGGUGUGAUCGGUUCUUUCUCUUUUUUCUAUUCACCAUUCCUCCACCUCCUCGUCAACAACUCACGAGCAUCCUCGAAGAAACAUUUCUAACCCAGCCGAGAUCACAGGAGUACCAUGAGGCCUACAAUCUUCCUAUUAUUGGCAUUUUACCUGAUCAGCUGCACAUUAGCUGAGGACGAAUACGAGUAUGAAGAUGAACCAGCAGCUCCAGUAGUUACUCAAGCACCUGCAAAACCUGCAAGCAGACUAGGAAGCUUAUUAUCUCCGCGGGGAAGAGCUCCAAUUGGUCGUAAAACUUCCUCAACAACAACCACCACAUCUAAACCAGUUGAACAAGCUGUAGAAGAAGAGACAGAACUCGAUGAUGAAGUGGAUGAUGAAAAUGCUGAGCAAGAAGAUAUCCCAACUACUACAACAGAGGCAUCAAAAAAACUCCGAGCUGGAGGUAUCAUGAGAUCAUUCAGAACCAAUGAAGAUCUUUUGGCUGCUUUGAAAAGACGACGAGCUCAAGCCGGUACUCACAGAGAAACCUCCACACAUUCAUCCGUUGAAGCUUCUACUCCAAAAUCAAAAUCAUUGAGCGGAAGAAAUAAAAGUAAUUCUAAUAGUGAGUCCUCUACCAGACCAGGAACUCGCGGAAGAUUUGGAAGUAAUAGUAGAGGUAAAGUUCAAGAGCAAACCGAAGAAACACAGCAAGAUGAGGUUCAAGUAAAAAGUAAACCUUACCACAGAGGAUGAUUAUUAAUGGUAUCGAAAUAUUAAUUAUAAAAAAAUUUAAUUUUUUAAUAUUAGAUUAUUUAAAUAUUUUUUUAUACCAUACAUUCAUCAUUUAAA